AGGCCGUCUCUACUUCAGAAGCAGUGUGUGUGCGGGGUCGCCGGAAGACAAAAAAAAUCACAGUAGCCGCCGCCUGAUCGACGUCGAACAACCAUGGUUCACGUCAACUUCUACCGGAACUAUGGUAAGACAUUUAAGAAGCCACGUCGUCCUUAUGAGAAGGAACGUUUGGAUGCUGAGUUGAAACUUGUUGGAGAGUACGGUCUUCGAUGCAAAAGGGAGCUUUGGAGGGUGCAAUAUGCUCUUAGCCGCAUUCGUAAUGCCGCAAGAAUGCUUUUGACCCUUGAGGAGAAGGACCCACGUAGGAUUUUUGAAGGAGAGGCACUUAUGAGGAGAAUGAACAGAUAUGGUCUUUUGGAUGAGAGUCAGAACAAGCUUGAUUACGUGCUUGCUCUUACUGUUGAAAACUUUUUGGAACGUCGUCUUCAGACACUUGUUUUUAAAACUGGUAUGGCUAAAUCUAUUCACCAUGCCCGAGUUCUAAUCAAGCAACGCCACAUCAGGGUUGGAAGGCAGGUGGUCAAUGUGCCAUCUUUUAUGGUGAGGGUGGACAGCCAAAAGCAUAUUGAUUUCUCACUCACUAGUCCAUUUGGUGGUGGUCGUCCUGGAAGAGUGAAACGAAAGAACCAAAAGGCAGCCGCAAAGAAAGCCGCUGGUGGGGCUGCUGAAGAUGACGAUGAAGAGUGAGCUUGCCCUGUUGGUUCUGAACUUUGAUGACUUUUGCAGUUGUGAGGCCUAAUGAGUAUUUAUUAUUGUCAUAAUAUCUGGUUGUAGGAAGUUUUGGAUGUUUUGCGAAGCUUUAUGUUACUAUUUUACAUGUUUCUUUGUGGAACUAGUUAUGAACUUAUGAUAGAUUAUUUUCUGGA